AUGUCAAACGUGAGCUUACAAGUGAGGCAAGCAGUGCCUACCAUCGACUCUGUGGUCACGGAUUAUGUCAUCGGGUACAUCCAGCACGUCGCAGAUGCAACGGAAGACAGUGUGCGAGCUCAAAGGCUAAACAUUGUGGAGGAGAUGUCCUUUUUGAACAGCUUGUUGAUCCUGGCAGGUGGAUCAAACGACAAGGUCCAGACUCUCACGGAUAAGAUUAGUGGAGAACUAAGUGACAAGUUAAAGAAAAACAUGGAGAAAUUGGCCAUUACCGGUGACACCUCCAAGAGACUUUUGGACAUCAACGUGUUGCAAAAUAACAAUAGCAAGAGAGAUAUAAACUCGUCGCUCGCUUUGUUAUCUGCUAGUAAUGACAUUGAGCAUACCGGUAGAGUAAUGGAAACUCGAGUCGAUAAAAAGAAGCUCGAGAAGCAAGAAAGAAAAAUUGCAAAGAAAGUGGCCAAGCGUAAUAACAAAUUUGUCAAGUAUGAAGCAUCGAAAUUAUUGAAUGAGAAGCAAAAGGAAGACUACGACUCCUUCUUUCUCGAGAUUAACCCCUUGGACUUUGGUUCGAGUGCCGGUAAAUCAAAAGACAUCAAGAUUGACAAUUUCGAUCUUUAUGUCGGAGACGGCCAAAGAAUCUUGAGCGAGGCUUCGUUGACUUUGGCAUACGGCAGAAGAUAUGGUCUUGUUGGUCAAAACGGUAUUGGUAAGUCUACUUUGUUGAGAGCACUUUCCAAAAGAGAGUUGAAUAUCCCCAAACACAUCACCAUUUUGCACGUGGAGCAAGAGAUUAGAGGAGACGAUACCCCGGCCAUACAAAGUGUUCUCGAUGCCGAUGUGUGGAGGAAAAGUUUGCUUCAAGAAGAACAGAAAAUCAAUGAACGUAUUGGUGAAAUAGAAACUUUGAGAAAGGAGUUUGACGAGGAGUCGCUCGAGGUGAAAAAAUUGGACAAUGAAAGAGAUGACUUGGAGGGCCAUUUGCAGGAGAUUAGUGACAAGCUUUACGAGAUGGAGUCCGACAAGGCAGAAAGUAAAGCAGCGGCCAUCUUGUACGGUUUAGGGUUCACAAAGGAGACCCAGAAUACCCCCACAAGGCAAUUCUCGGGUGGUUGGAGAAUGAGAUUGUCCUUGGCAAGAGCAUUAUUCUGCCAGCCAGAUCUCUUGUUGUUGGAUGAACCGUCCAAUAUGUUGGAUGUUCCUUCGAUUACAUUUUUGGCAAACUAUUUGCAAACUUACAAAUCGACAGUGUUGGUUGUCUCGCACGAUCGUGCCUUUUUAAACGAGGUGGCGACAGAUAUCAUUCAUCAACAUUCAGAACGAUUAGACUACUAUAGAGGUUCCAAUUUCGAUUCCUUUUAUGCCACGCGUGAAGAGAGAAUCAAGAACCAGCGAAGGGAAUACGAAAGUCAAAUGGCAUAUAGACAGCAUCUUCAGGAGUUUAUUGAUAAAUUCAGGUAUAAUGCCGCCAAGGCGCAAGAAGCACAAUCACGUAUCAAGAAAUUGGAAAAGCUCCCCAUUUUGGAGCCGCCCGAAGAUGACAAAGUGGUGACAUUUAAAUUCGCCGAGCCCGAUGGCAUAUCGCCGCCAAUUUUGCAGUUGCAAGACGUUGCCUUUGGCUAUAGCCCCGACAAGAUUCUUUUCAAAAACGUCAAUUUGGACGUGCAAAUGGACUCGAGGGUCGCCUUUUGUGGUGGUAACGGUACCGGUAAAACCACCUUGUUGAAGCUUAUAAUGGGCCAAAUCUCACCGUUAUCUGGCUACGUCAACAAAAACGGGCGGUUGAGAAUUGGUUAUUUUGCUCAGCACCAUGUCGAUGCCAUGGACUUGUCGUUAUCUGCUGUCUCGUGGAUGAGUUCUGCUUUCCCCGGUAAGAGCGAUGAAGAAUAUAGACGUCACUUGGGCUCAUUCGGUAUAACGGGACCAUUGGGAUUGCAAAAGAUGCAAUUGUUGUCUGGUGGUCAGAAAUCGAGAGUUGCUUUUGCCGCAUUGUGCAUGAACCAGCCGCACAUUCUCAUCUUGGAUGAGCCUUCCAAUCACUUGGAUACCCAAGGUCUUGAUGCCUUGGCCGAUGCCAUGAAGAAUUUCAAAGGCGGGAUAUUGAUGGUUUCGCACGACGUGUCCAUCAUUGACAAGGUCUGCAACGAGAUAUGGGUAGCAGAGAAUGAUACCGUUUCCAAGUUCCCAGGCGACAUUCAUGCUUACAAGAAACACAUUUUGCAAUCGGCCAAUAUCGCGGGAGUGGUGAAGAAACAUUAA